UGAGGGGAGAGAGAGGGCAGAGUCGGAGGACAGAGGCCAGCCGUCCCGGCGUCCCCCCAUGCGAACGAUACCGGUUACCCCAGUGGUCAUGGGUCAUGGGCCAAAGCGUCUUGUCAUUGUCAGCUUCUUCUGUUGUCGCAUCUCAAUUUCUUUUCAAGCAUUAAAUGUUUGCCACAUGGGCUUACCACCGGAACUCCUUAUCCGCUGAAAUCCCAUAUCUCCAUCCUCGAAUUCCCUAAUGGCUGUUUAUUUCGCAAUCUUGGCAGAUUUUCAAAACCAAAAUCUCCUUACCAAAUGGCCGCAACAACCCAAUCUUUUGCCAAUAUCAUUAUCACAAAGCCUCUUUGCUGUUCAACUCCUCGGGUUCACGGCUUUUUUACUUCCCAACACCCAGUCUCUACUUCAUUCGCGUCUGUGAGCUUUAAGUUCUUCCCACAAAAGCUACAAAAUAUCCAGCUUAAAGGAAUUCAAUUGAGGAAGCUCAGACCUACAAAUGCUUCUGCUGCUGAAACGCCUUCAUCAGAAAAUGCUGAAAAAUGGCUUCUUGAACCUGUAGGUGAUGGUGAUUCAAGGCACAUUGGUUUUAAAGUUCCUAUGCCAGAUGCUUUUGAGAUAGCUUCAAGUGUGGUGACGGUUGGUCGUCUUCCAGAGAAAGCAGAUAUGGUAAUUCCUGUUGCAACAGUGUCUGGCCUACAUGCCCGGAUUGAGAAGAAGGAAGGGAAUCUAAUGGUCACAGACUUGGAGAGCACUAAUGGGACAUUCAUUGACGAUAAGAGGCUCAGACCUGGUGUAGUUGCUAUUCUAUCACCUGGCAGCUGUAUUACAUUUGGGGACACCCAUCUGGCAAUGUUUCGUGUUUCAAAGCUGGAAAAUAAGGACCUUCCAAAUAAGCCAGAAGAUUCUGAGGUCAACCUUGAGACUGUUACUCCAGCUGAUAUUCCAGAAGCCACAAGUUAAAAGCCAGAAUAAUAUCUUAAGAAAUUUGAAGUAACACGAGGUAUUCAUAAUCUUUUAUUUUGGGAAAAUUAGUCAUAUUUACUUGGAUAAUUCAAGGUAUCAGUUUUGUCAAUUUUGUUCUCAUUGUAAUGUUAUACUUAUUCUGAAAUUAACUAUUCUCGUAUAAAAAGGAAACAAGUGACUUCGGUAGAGAAAAAUCCACUGCUAGACAUUGUCCUUGAAUUGCCUUUAAUAGAAGUUGCCAAGAUGAAUAGAUUUUAGAAGUUUCUCUUUCAAUUC